UUCCAUAUUUGUGUUGCAAUGCUUCUGCUCCAGCCUCCAUUUCUUUUGGUUCAUGAACUCAAAGUUUUCGAGCUCCCAAAGAUGGCGAACAACUUCAUCCAUAGUCCAUCAUCAGCAAAGAUCGACCGAAAGCUCAUCGAGAGAAAUAGAAGAGCAGAAAUGAAGGCCCUUUUCUCGAGGCUCCAUUCUCUUGUCCCGAAUCAAAGCUCAAUGGAAGCUGAAACGACACUACUAGAUCAGCUAGAAAAUGCCACAAAUUACAUAAAACAAUUGAAGGAGAACGUCGAGAAAUUGAAAGAGAAGAAAGAGAAGCUCAUGAAAUUGGGAGAAGAAAGUGCAAGGAGUAGUGAAAUUAAAGCAAGAUUAUUGGUGCAAGUUGAAGCUCAUCAAGUGGGUUCUUCGCUGGAGUUUCUUUUGACCACUAGAUCUGAUUAUCAUUUGGUUUUAAAACAAGUCCUUCAACUGCUUCAAGAAAAUGGAACUCAGAUCGUCUAUAUCAAUCACUCAACCGUCAAAGAUCGGGUUUUUCACAAGAUAAUAGCUGAGAUGGUGGGAGAAGGAACGACCUCCGAAAGCAUUGAAGGUGAAAGGAUCUGUGAGACGGUGAAGAAGUUUGUUUCACAAUACAAAGAUGUCCAAUACAAUGUUUAAUGUUUUGUCUACAACAUCGACUGAUUUUGAAGAUUUAUGAUAUCGUUCUGGUGUGGUUGAAUGCUUCAAAAUCUUAAUGUUCAAAUCUUUCUCUAGUUUGCACUGUAA